GUUACGAUUUGACAAAGUAUCUCAAUAUUCUUAUUAGAAUUUAAUGUUAAUGGCCAAAGCUAUCAUUUUUCUUCUGGUCACUGUUAGAUAUAAGCUGCAUAUGUGAUAGCUAAGGGCUCGGCUCAAGACUUCCAUCACCGAUUCAUUUUCAUUACAUUCAAGCCUACCAUCAUCAUAUUUACAGCACGAGCAGUUGCCUUUCGUUGUUGAAGACAAGAAGCGAUGUCUGAAAAUCAUGAAGACGAAACUGAAAGAAUAUCCGUAGAGGAGCUGGUGCAUCCAAACCAAGAGUAUGUUGACAAGUACUUGCCCAUGGUCUCGAGUCUUGUGAACGUUGUACCGCAUUCCUUCACGGCCCUUCCACAGUACGCGGACUUCCAUACCGCCCAUCGCUCCUUCCCCUGCAGGAGCUCGGAUAUCUGGGUGGCGUCGCACCCUAAGUCAGGCACGACAUGGACGCAGGAGCUGGUGUGGUGUCUAGUGCGAGGUCUCGACCACAGCCUCAGCAGCAAGCCCCUCAUGAACCGCUUCCCUUUUUUCGAGUGGGACUCUCUCAUGACUCCAGAACUCGUCCAGGCUCUGGAAUCGAUGCCAGACGACAACGUGGAGAAACCUGGAGCGCAAUGGAGGAUCCUGGAGCGUGGAGACGACCCACGUCUGAUCAAGACCCACCUCCACCGGGAGCUGAUGCCCCGUGGCGUCAGAAGCUCCAAGUCUAAGAUAAUAUACGUGGUACGCGAUCCACGAGACGUAUGCGUGUCGCUGUUCCACCACACCAUCAAAUUUCUCGGCUACACCGGAGACUUCGAUCAUUUCGUCGACAUGUUUCUCAGCGCCAGAUAUGAAUUCGGGCCAUACUGGAGCAACGUGUUGAGCUUCUGGAAUAAAAGAAAAAGCGACAACAUACUUGUGUUGAAAUACGAAGACAUGCAUGCGGACUUGGUUGGCGAAAUGGUACGAGUGGCCAAGUACCUAGAGGUACCAAUACCAGAGAACCAGCUACCGGAGAUUGUGGAGCAUCUUUCUUUUAGAAAUAUGAAGGAUAAUCCUGCCACCAACAACGAGAGCACCAUGGAUGGACUGGUCGAGAAUACAGGGGUCAAGUUCAUGAGGAAAGGAAUUGUAGGGGAUCACAAGAACGUGUUGUCCGUAGACCAGCUCAAGAGGUUCCAGGUGUGGACGCAGACUUGCCUAAAGGAUUCUGACUUCCCGUACUACAGAGACUGAAGCGUCGGGCGGCUGAACUGAUAUCAGCGUAUAACAUAUUAAGGGCAGCACGUUAUAAUGUAAUACGUUGUAUUGUAAUGAUUUAUAACGUAAUAAUAAUACUAUAUGAUAUCAGCGCAUAACAUAUUAAGGCAGCGCGUUAUAAUGUUAUGAGCUAUAUCAUAAUGACUUAUAACGUAAUAAUGACACUAUAUAAUACUAUGCAUAACAUAUUAAGGGCAGCACGUUAUAAUGUAAUACCUUAUAUUGUAAUGAUUUAUAACGUAAUAAUAAGACUAUAU